AAAGCCCCUGAGUGAGGUAAGAAUUCUACUAGAGAGGAAAUGGCUGCCUCUUCAUCAUCAUCCUCAGCUGGUGGGGUCAGUGGAAGUUCUGUCACUGGAUCUGGUUUCAGUGUCUCAGACCUUGCCCCACCACAGAAAGCCCUUUUCACCUACCCCAAAGGAGCUGGAGAGAUGUUAGAAGAUCAACAAGUUGCUCACAUGGAAAAACUAGCUGGUUUGGUAGAAGAGCUGGAGGCCUAUGAGUGGUGGUUUAAACCCAUUGAGCAGCUGCUAGGGUUCACACCCUCUUCAGGUUGA